AUGACGAGCCUCAAGAGAGCGCAGGGCUCAGACCAGCUGGCCCAGAACAUCUCCAACAAGGUCUAUGUCCGGUCGACGCGCAGCGGAAAGGUGCAGAAGAUUGUCCGGGAGGUCUAUCUGAGGACGGACAUUCCAUGCUCAUCCAACCUGUGCAGGGCCUGCUUGAGCCAGGCACCCCGGAAUGCGGUCAAUCAAGCCUUACCGUUUGUUCUGUCGGCGAGACCGGCUGGGACAAAGUCGUACCCCCAGGGUCACUACUUGGUUCCCGAUACCAACGCGCUGCUCAACGCCAUGGACCUAUUUGAGCAGAGCUCGUCAUUCUACGACGUGAUUAUCUUGCAGACUGUCCUGGAGGAGCUCAAGAACCGCUCAUUGCCGCUCUACAACCGCCUUGUCGGGCUGACAAAGAGCGAGGACAAGAGAUUCUAUGUCUUUUUCAACGAGUUCCGGCUGGAGACGUACGUCAACCGCGAAGCCGGCGAGACAGUCAACGACAGGAACGACCGCGCCGUGAGACAGGCUGUCAAGUGGUACGGGGAGCAUCUUGCGCAGACCAAGGCGGCGCGAGUCCCGGCGGUGGUCAUGCUGAGCGACGACCGGGAGAACCUCAGGAAAGCCCGGGAGCAGGGCCUGCACGCGUCUUCGCUCAGGGACUAUGUUGGCGAGCUGGAAGACGGCGAUAGGCUGCUGGACAUGAUUGCCGAGUCACAGCUUCAGGCACAGGGUGGCUUGAACAAGCCGACUUCUCAGCCCCUGUAUCCGGAAUACUACACUUCUUCGAGGAUGAUGACGGGGGUCAAGGCGGGCUUGCUGCAUCAGGGCAUCUUCAACGUGUCGCCGUACAACUAUCUCGAGGGAUCGAUCAAGGUGCCUGCUUUCCCGAAGCCUUUGCUUAUCCUGGGUCGCGAGAACAUCAACCGGUCCAUUGAUGGCGACGUCGUCGUUGUCGAGCUGCUGCCGCAGGAUCAAUGGAAGUCACCGUCAACAAAGAUCAUCGAAGAAGAAGCCAUCACGAAGGAUGAAAACGCGGACACAGAGGAGCGCCAGGACUUCAUUUCGGAUAAAGAACGCAAGGCACUUCAGGAGGAGGUGAAGAGGACGCAAAGAGCCUCAGGAGAGAACCAACUACAGCCAACAGCCAAGGUUGUGGGCGUGGUGAAGCGUAACUGGCGGCAGUACGUCGGCCACAUCGAUCCGUCAACGGCCAGCAAGGCUCCGUCACAAGGCCGGAGACUCGACAGCGUCUUCCUCAUCCCGAUGGACAAGAAGAUCCCCAAGAUCCGUCUUCGUACCCGUCAAGUGUCCGAGCUUUUGGGCAAGAGACUCCUGGUUACUGUUGAUUCUUGGGACAGAGACUCAAGACAUCCCGUGGGGCAUCUGGUUCGCUCACUGGGAGAGCUCGAGACGAAGGCGGCGGAGACGGAGGCGCUGCUCCUGGAAUGGGAUGUCCAGUACCGGCCCUUCCCCAAGACGGUGCUCGACUGCCUUCCCAAAGAGGGUCACGACUGGAGGGUGCCUGAGAGCAAAGAGGAUCCUGGCUGGAGAGACCGAGAAGACCUUCGCGAUCUUCUCAUCUGCAGUAUUGAUCCUCCAGGUUGUCAAGAUAUCGACGAUGCGCUUCACGCCAGGCUGCUGCCAAACGGCAACUACGAGGUCGGCGUCCACAUUGCGGACGUAUCACACUUCGUCAAGCCCGCCAACGCAAUGGACACGGAGGCAAGCAUUCGUGGUACCACCGUAUACCUGGUUGACAAGCGCAUAGAUAUGCUUCCGAUGCUGCUGGGCACCGAUCUCUGCUCUCUCAAGCCUUACGUCGAGCGCUUUGCGUUCACGGUCAUCUGGGAGCUUGAUGAGAAUGCCGACAUUGUGAACGUGCGCUUCACAAAGUCGGUGAUCAAGUCCCGCGAGGCAUUCAGCUACGAACAAGCACAGCUCCGCAUCGACGACGCGUCGCAGCAGGACGACCUCACAAAGGGCAUGCGGAUGCUGCUCAUGCUCUCAAAGAAGCUCAAGAAGAAGCGAAUGGACGCCGGCGCUUUGAGCCUCUCUUCUCCCGAGAUCAAGGUGCACAUGGAGUCUGAGUCCUCGGACCCCAUCGACGUCAAGACGAAGGAACUUCUCGACACCAACUCUCUGGUCGAAGAGUUCAUGCUGUUCGCCAACGUCAGCGUCGCCGCCAAGAUCUACGAGGCGUUCCCCCAGACGGCCAUCCUGCGUCGCCACGCCGCCCCUCCCAAGACCAACUUUGACGAGCUGAGCGACCAGCUGCGCAUCAAGCGCGGCCUGGAGCUGCGCACCGACUCCAGCAAGGCGCUGGCCGACUCCCUGGACAAGUGCGUUGACCCCAAGGAGCCCUUCUUCAACACGCUGGUGCGCAUCAUGGCCACGCGCUGCAUGAUGAGCGCAGAGUACUUCUGCUCCGGGACGCAGGCGUAUCCCGAGUUCCGCCACUACGGUCUCGCCUCUGAGAUUUACACGCACUUCACCUCUCCCAUCCGUCGCUACGCAGAUCUCCUCGCCCACAGACAGCUCGCCGCCGCCAUCGGCUACGAAGCCGUCCACCCCUCCGUCCGCAGCCGGGGCCGCCUGGAGGCCGUCUGCAAGAACAUCAACGUGCGCCACCGCAACGCGCAAAUGGCCGGCCGCGCGAGCAUAGCCUACUACGUCGGGCAGGCCCUCAAGGGCAAGGUCGCCGAGGAGGAGGCCUUUGUGAUGAAGAUCUUCAGCAACGGCUUCGUGGUGCUGGUGCCGCGGUUCGGCAUCGAGGGGCUGAUUCGGCUGCGCGACCUGGCCGACCCGGAGCCGGAGAGCGAGUACGACGCGGAGACGUACACGCUCACGACCAAGGGCGAGAGGAGCGUCAGGGUCGAGCUUUUCCAAAAGGUGGUCGUUAGGGUGCACGAUGAUAAGGAUGAGAGGACGGGGAAGAGGGGUGUGAAGAUGGAGCUGGUGAGUGCGUAA